GGUUAGGUGUAGACCAUUACUCAAUGCUAGUCUGAUGAGAGAUUACUAGCCCUGAUCCAUUUGGGGAUUUGGGUGCUUCUCUUCUCUCGUGCCAUGGAAAAUUUUACGAGUGCCGGGAGCAUGACAGCGUUGAUGUUCAUGUUACAGGGACAUACACCCAACUGCCACGUAGACCCCCUCUCUCUACUUAAAUAUAAUCGCGUUUCUUUUCAAGUUGGUUCAUGCUUCAAUUCAACCAUGAGGCUUGUGAACCAGGGGGGUUCCUCAGCUGAGAUGUGAGAACAUUUUCCAGUUCAUACACUGUAUAAAGUUACUCAAUUUCUUCAUAUUCUGUCCAAGAUUCUUUGCUUAGUCUGCUCAACUAUCCAGCGCAAAAGGAUUUUGCUUUAAUUGACUUCUGCUAAUGGGUUGCUUCUUCUCUGUCUUUCUUUCUGAUUUGGUUGAGUCCAAAGUUGAUCUUCAUCUACUAGUAGCUUGAUAUCCCAUUUACCCAGUUCCUGAAUCAUGAUUUAGAAUUAUAUUGUUAUGAUUCAGAGAGAAUUUGAUUGAUUUCCUUUAAUGGGUAUCUUGGUUUCUGUAUCUAAGAACAAAAGAUAUACCAUUUUCUUGAAUAUAUCAUUUCUGCUAGUGGCAUGCCUAUUCUUGAUUAUACAGUUCAAUUCUGCUCGAUUUCUUGUUCUUACCAGCUCACAACCGUCCAAUGACAAUAGCCAACAGCAACAAGAUUGCACAGUGCUGGAAAGUCUAGAAGACUACCGAGCCAAGUGCCAUUACCUUACAUCACAUAUUGAUCCAUGUGUCUCAGAAGGUUAUAUUGACUAUCUUUACCUUUUCUAUUGCAAUUUUGGAAGAAUUCCUCUUUUGGGCCAUUGUGUUCUAUUUCUCUGGCUUCUAGUGUUGUUCUAUCUGUUGGGGAACACAGCCUCUGAAUACUUCUGUUCUUCCCUUGAAAAUUUAUCAAAUUUAUUGAAAUUGUCACCUACAAUUGCUGGGGUCACUCUCGUUUCUCUUGGAAAUGGUGCCCCAGAUGUCUUUUCCAGUUUAGUAUCCUUUAUGGGUAGUGGGACUGGUGAUAUUGGCUUUAAUACAGUGCUAGGUGGUGCUUCCUUUAUCACCUGUGUUGUGGUUGGAAUCAUGAGCAUUCUGGUGAAGCAAAAGAAGAUCAGGGUUAACAAAGUUGCUUUUGUUAGAGAUGUUUGCUUCUUGCUUUUAGUUCUUGCAUCCUUAAGUUUCAUUUUGCUUCAUGGAGAAAUCAAUAUUUGGGGUGCAAUGGGAUUUUUGUCCAUGUACAUUUUCUAUGUGGCUGUUGUUUACUCCACGGAGAUCCAUUGGAGUAGAGGUGAGAAAGAUGCUAGUUCAAGCUUGAGCAUACCUAUUUUAAGCAGCAUGGGAAAAAGAGAGGUAAAUUUUAUGGAGGAAGGUGCUUUAGAGUGUGGUGCUGAGGAAGUAGAAAUCAAGAAGUGUUGCUUUUGUUUAAGAUUACCUGCUCCUUGUCGUUUGCUUCUUACCAUGCUUGAGAUGCCUCUUUACUUGCCUAGGAGAUUGACAAUUCCUGUUGUUUGUGAAAAGAGAUGGUCUAAGCCAAUUGCAGUUGCUUCAGUGACACUUGCUCCAGUUCUGUUAUCAGUUCUUUGGAAUCCUCAGGAUGAGGAUGCUGGUUUCAUGAAUGGUGUAGUAGCAUGUGGAAUUAUGCUCUUGUUUGGGAUGAUAUUGGGGAUUGUUGCAUAUACUAGAACUGAGAAUUCAAGCCCACCAAAGAAGUGCUUGUUUCCCUGGCUGGCAGGAGGGUUCUUAAUGAGUGUGAUUUGGAGUUAUAUCAUAGCACAGGAAUUAGUAGCCUUGUUAAUUUCCCUGGGAUAUAUAUUUCAAGUAAGUCCUUCGAUUCUUGGGCUAAUAGUUCUUGCCUGGGGCAAUUCACUGGGGGAUCUGAUAACCAAUUUGACCAUGGCAUUGAAUGGAAGCCCUGAAGGUGCACAAGUAGCUAUCUCAGGGUGUUAUGCAGGUCCCAUUUUCAACAUCCUUUUUGGUUUGGGUUUGUCUCUUGUUAGCUCAACCUGGCAUCAAUACCCAUCUUAUGUUGUGAUCCCAAGAGAUCCAUAUCUAUUGGAGACAUUAUGCUUUCUGGUGGCUAGUUUGCUCUGGGCACUAGUUGUCUUACCAUGUAGAAACAUGAUGCUUGAUGGGGUAUUGGGUGCAGGGCUUCUGGCUGCAUACGUAAUUUCUGUGUCUGUGAGAAUAAUUCAAGCACUUUGGUUUUUCUAAUUUCAAGUUACUUAUACCUAGCCCUGGCAACUGGGCUUGGAAACCAUGCAACUUACAUCCUACUAACCAGCUUCUUUGUACGGUAUAGUUGAUUUGAAGCAAUAAACUUAUUUGCUAUUUGCUUUCAGUA